UCAGCAGACCUGCGCAAGAUAAAACCUCCACUCAGCACAUACCAAUCCCUUUGCUUCCGUGUGCAACUGGGACCAGCGCCCUCUCCGACUCGCCCACAUCCACAAGAAGAAAAACAUAACACACAGAGGACAGGAUGAGGGAAAUAGUUCAUCUUCAAGCCGGCCAGUGUGGCAACCAGAUCGGAGCCAAGUUCUGGGAGGUGAUCAGUGAUGAACAUGGCAUCAGCCCUACAGGGAACUAUGAGGGCGACUCCCCACUGCAGCUGGAGAGGAUCAGUGUCUACUACAAUGAGGCCUCAUCCUCUAAGUACGUCCCCAGGGCCAUCCUAGUAGACCUGGAGCCAGGAACUAUGGACAGUGUUCGCUCUGGGACCUACGGACAACUCUUCAGACCAGACAACUUCAUCUUCGGUCAGAGUGGAGCUGGUAACAACUGGGCUAAGGGUCACUACACAGAGGGGGCAGAGCUGGUGGACUCAGUCCUGGACGUAGUCAGGAAGGAAUGUGAGAACUGUGACUGUCUCCAGGGCUUCCAGCUCACCCACUCUCUGGGAGGGGGCACAGGCUCUGGCAUGGGGACCCUGCUCAUCAGCAAGAUCCGGGAAGAGUACCCUGACCGCAUCAUGAACACCUUCAGCGUGGUGCCCUCCCCUAAAGUAUCAGACACAGUGGUGGAGCCCUACAAUGCCACCCUGUCCAUCCAUCAGCUGCUGGAGAACACAGACGAAACCUACUGCAUUGACAACGAGGCGCUUUACGACAUCUGCUUCCGCACGCUCAAGCUCCCCACGCCCACCUACGGAGACCUCAACCACCUGGUGUCGGCCACCAUGAGCGGUGUUACUACCUCCUUCCGCUUCCCCGGCCAGCUCAAUGCUGACCUCCGCAAACUGGCUGUCAAUAUGGUGCCCUUCCCCCGUCUGCACUUCUUCAUGCCUGGCUUCGCCCCCCUCACGGCGCGUGGCAGCGCGUGCUACAAUGCACUGUCUGUGCCUGAGCUCACCCAGCAGUUGUUUGACGCCAAGAACAUGAUGGCCGCUUGCGACCCGCGUCACGGACGCUACCUGACCGUGGCCAUGGUGUUCCGUGGUCAGAUGUCCAUGAAGGAGGUGGACGAACAGAUGUUGGCCAUCCAGAGUAAGAACAGCAGCUACUUUGUCGAAUGGAUCCCCAACAACGUCAAAGUGGCCGUCUGUAACAUCCCGCCCCGCGGUCUCAAGAUGUCCGCCACCUUCAUCGGGAACAACACAGCCAUCCAGGAGCUGUUCAAGCGCAUCUCCGAGCAGUUCACUGCCAUGUUUCGCCGCAAGGCUUUCCUGCACUGGUACACCGGAGAGGGCAUGGACGAGAUGGAGUUCACCGAGGCAGAGAGCAACAUGAACGACCUGGUGUCAGAGUACCAGCAGUACCAGGACGCCACCACCGAGGAGGAGGGAGAGAUGUAUGAAGACGAUGAGGAAGAGUCAGAGAGCCAGGCCCGGUGAACACCUUGGAAGAAGAACCAAGCUUGUGUAAACCCAGCCGACAGAGCUUUGUCUAUGUGUAGCAGGGUUAUUAUCUGCCUCAUGUACACUGUACUGUAUAACCCUCCCUCCCUAUACCCCCCCCCCCCCCCCCCCCCCCCUGCUCUCACUGUCUUUGCUAACUGUUAGCCCCACUUCCCUUAGUCCUCUGACCAACUCAUGGUCUCCUGUUGAUUUAUCCUGUUGAUAAAAACCUCCCAGACAGACCACUAAGUUGAAUGGGUGAAAUAAAGUGUCUCAUAAACUGAUGACGAAUAGCCCUUAAUUUCUUAUAAUAAACAUCUUCAGGCCUACUUUGUAAUUAGCUUUUUCUGACUUGUUGGGGAUAUUAAACAUGAAUAAU